UCGAAGAAAAGAAGGCAAAACUGUGAAUGAAAUGGCCUCAUUGGUGCAAAUACAGGAGACCCCAACUUGGAAGAAGUUCUUGAGCUAUGUAGGUCCUGGUUUACUGGUCUCUGUAGCCUAUCUUGAUCCUGGAAACUUGGAGACAGAUUUGCAAGCAGGAGCAGACCACAAAUACGAGUUGCUAUGGAUCGUGCUCCUUGGACUGGCAUUUGCAUUUAUAAUCCAAUCUCGCUCAGCAAAUCUUGGAGUAGCAACAGGAAGGCAUCUGUCUGAGCAUUGCAAGGACGAAUAUCCGAAGCCAGUGACUUACUGUCUCUGGAUACUGGCUGAAGUUUCCGUCAUAGCUGCUGACAUCCCACAAGUGAUAGGCAUCGCUUUUGCUCUCAAAUUACUCCUCAAUAUACCAUUAUGGUCUGGGGUCAUGCUGGCUGGAUUGAAUACUCUUCUGCUUCUUGGGCUACAGAAAUAUGGCAUACGAAAGCUAGAACUAGCAAUUGCAGUACUAUUGAUGAUUGUAGGGGGGUGCUUCUUCAGUGUAAUGGUACAUGCCCAGCCUAAUGUGAAGGACAUGGCAAUGGGAAUGUUCAUCCCAAAAUUGAGCAAUGGAAGUGCCACCAGAGACUCCAUUGCUCUUCUAGGAGCUCUUAUCAUGCCGCAUAACCUAUUUCUCCAUUCAGCUUUAGUCACAUCUAGAAAGAUCCAUCGUUCAAAUGAUCAGAUUAGGAAUGCGACAAAGUACUUCCUGUUGGAAAGUGGAAUGGCAUUGUUUAUAGCAUUCCUUGUCAAUGUAGCAGUCGUUUCAGUUAGUGGAAGCAUAUGCUCAAAUCCAUAUGUUUCUGCAGACGAGAAAGCACAUUGUAAUGAAAUCACUCUGGACUCAGCUGCAUUUCUGCUUAAGGAUUCUCUAGGGAAAUGGAGUUCAAAGCUUUAUGCUGUGUCUUUGUUGGCAUCAGGUCAGAGUUCAUCAGUCACAGGAACAUUUGCUGGCCAGUAUAUAAUGCAGGGGUUUUUGGAUCUGAAAAUGAAGCUAUGGCUGCGAAAUUUGCUCACCAGGUGCAUAGCAAUUGCUCCAAGUUUAAUGGUCUGCAUCAUCGGCGGAUCUUCUGGAGCUGGGAAGCUAAUUAUUAUUGCUUCUAUGAUUUUAUCAUUUGAACUACCAUUUGCACUGGUUCCUCUUCUUAGGUUUACCAGCAGUGGAAGCAAAAUGGGGCAGCAUAAAAAUUCUAAGAUGGUAACAGUGAUCACAUGGCUACUAGGAUUCUGCUCAAUUGGGGUCAACAUCUAUUUCUUAAGCAGAAGUUUGUUUGGGUGGCUUACCAGCAAAAAGAUGCCCAGGGCUGUAUCCAUCUUCUCCACAGUAAUGAUCUGUCCAGUAAUGGUGCUUUAUGUCGCAAUGCUGGCCUACUUGACACUGAAGCCAGAAGCUACAAGCAAGAGUGUCCAGUCUUCUGAAGCAAGUUCUACUGGGACUGUUGAAAUGGAGCUAGGGCAAGGUGCUGAUCUUCAAAACUCCGAAGUAGCUGAUGAGAUUUAGAAGGAUGAUCUAGUCCCUCUGUAGGACUC